GGACUCGUCGAGAUAGCGCGUCGUAAACAUUUUAUUAUUUUUUCCACUUUUUAUUUAUCCAAUAGACUAAAUAUCCGCGAAAGAUGAGCACUUAGUCUUGUGCUUGCUUUAGUGUUUAUUAUGUAUAUUCUUAUUACCGUGUAAUCUGACAUUACCAUCAAAAUGUGGGGAAAAGUGUUCAGUGUGUUUGUUUGUAUUUUGCAUUUUACAGCUGGCAUCAGUCAGUUAUGUAGCAAUAACUCGCUGCUGCAGGAGCUGAGCUGCACAACAGAGAUCCUGGGCCAUGACCGAACUGACUACGACUCCUGCCGCAUGAAAGUGUUCCCACAGAACAGUCAUGAGUGUGGUUCCAUGACUUUUGGGCCGAUAUCGCGGAACACCCACAUUGGAGGUGUGACCCUCAAGCCGUAUAACAUUGCCGUGGAACAAUUUGAAGGUUUAGGAUCCACUUUCAUUGUGAAUCACACCGUCUUGAAUAUUACUUUUAGUAAUAUUAAGUGGACUACCAUGAAGUUCCGUUUCCAAGAUAAAUACAGAGACCAGAAGAACCACUGUUCAAACAUAAUGAUAUCGAACAAGAUCACUUUAGAUGACAAGUCUGUUCUCUUCUACGACUGUUACUGGCCCAAGACGGACAGGAGUGAUGGUCAGAGCCAUAUGUUUGAUUUUGAAGCUACGGCUGCUGACGGCAGUGUGAAUAGGGGCCAGUAUUAUUUUAAGGUCCCGUCUGCUGAUAUGCUUAGCCCAACGACAACCGAAGAACAAUGGAAACCAUUCAUCUACAUAGAAUUCUUCCCUACUCUGAUGCGUCUUCACGUGAUGCCGCCUCCUCGCCGACUGAACAUUCCCGCCUUUGGCAUAAAGGUUGUCUCAGGCAUAGACAAGAAUAACCAGAAAGUUAUAGCGGCGACCAGUAUUAUGACGAAUAGCACCGAUGAAGAAGUUAUCUAUGAUUACAACUUUGUUGGCGCGAAUGGAUCCUUCAGUUUUGAAGUGACGCCCCUACAUGAGAAAUGUAUGAAGGCAGGAAUUGGAUGCUUGACUGUGGUUAGCCCGAAGAUUAUGAUAAGUAGCGACCCUCAAACCUUAAACAUUUGCAUAGCGAGUAUCACAGCGUUGAUCGUGGCGACUCUCUUCCUAUACUACAUAGUGCUGAGAGGUAUAAGACGGUACUGCUGUCAAGAUGGAAUCGGGGAGGCGGAACUGGCUAUAAUGAUCCCGAAACCACCGAAAAUCCUGGUGGCCUACUCUCCUGCAAAUCGUCUUCACGCCGAAUGCGUCCACUCAUUCGUUCGCUACCUACGUUCUGAGUACGGCUUCGAAAUAAUGUACGACGGUGACAUAUCAUCUACCUCCCACGGGGACCCAUACAUAUGGGCCGAAGAAGCUUUCAGGUUAGCCACUCACGUCAUUUACAUAGUAGGACCCGCCGAAGAAACAAACCACUACAACAUCUACGACCAACCAAUCAUAAGCGCUCAUCAAAAUAUCGACAACUUAAUCCUCUCAUUCGUCAAAGCCAGCAGAGCUCUUAAGACCUCUAAAGAAAUCAUCAACGUACUAUUCGAGCAUUCUGACGGCGAAAUACCAGUUGAAACCAGAUUUGCCAAAGAAUUUACCCUACUCAAGGACUGGCAAAAACUCAUAUCGUAUUUAUCGAAAAAUUUGCUUCCAAGAAGACAAAUAAUGCGCACUGAAAAGGGUCAGUCCUUUUUGGAAGAUUUGCGGAAAGCUAAGAAAUUGUUAGGCGAGGCCAAAGAGAAGGUAACGGUACACUGCGAUAAAAUGAAAAGCUCUGAAAAGAAGAUAUUGUUGUAAGGUCAUGUACAAGUUUUUGGGCACAGUUUUGAGCGCGUUUGGACUAAAAGUGGGGGGUAGUUUGUUUAGUUUUUUCCCCAAUUUAUUGCAUGAAUGUUAUUACCAAGUCUGAAAUUCAACACAAAAAUAAAAUGUCAUUGAAAAAUCCAAAAUUAAUAAUUUGCACUGCAAACUCCGCCCACUGACUCCCGCGCACAUUUGGCAACUAUAAUGUCGUUAAAUGUUUCACAUAAUUUUAAAUGUGGAAACGACUCAAAAGUUGUUCAAUGAGAUUGUAAUCGUUUUGAUGUUUGUUCUGAAGGACUAAAUAAUAAUAUGAAAAGUUUCCUGAUAAUAUGCCCAUGUUAUAUCAAUGUUAUUUUUAGUAAUAAAGUUAUAGUCAUCAUUAUUUUUUUAGUCAUAGAUACUUUUAAAUCGCCAUAACGUUGCGUUGCUUGACUGUUUUAGUUAACUAAAAUAAGGAAAAGAACAAUGUUAUACAUCUUACUCCAUAUUAUUAUUUAGUCUAGAAUCUGUUCUCAAAUAUUUUUCGAUUGAAAGUUCAGAAAAAAGUUUAUUUAGUGUUACAUAUUUUAAGGCAAAUAUAAAUUGGAUUUGAUAAUAUAUUUAUCCGUAUAAAGUGAUAAGAAAAAAUAUAAAAAAAAUGUUUAUGAAGAGCGUAUACAAGGCUCCAAAAGACAAAGGAAUCUUUGAAAGAUUAGAUUAUAUUCUGAUAACGUAUUUAAAUGUUAGACACAAUAAAAUUGCGACUAAAAGCGUCACACUAAAUGUAUGUCUAUUUUUCGCACUCUGGUUGUUAAACGCUCUCUCUUUCGCGUAAGAGUUGUUCUAACAUUGAAUACUGUGCAAUAGGCCUACUCGUAGCCAUUUAUAUUGAGUACGAAAAAAUAUCUAAAGUUAGUAGGGAAAUAUGCCUUGUAACAAGAGGUAGGAGAGUUAGAGAGAAAUGGAACUUAGCAUACCAAAGAUAAGGUUGAUAUUCUUUCGUACCAAAAAUAAUGGCGAUUUAAAUGAGUAGAUUCAGUACUGUAUACCUCUUCCGGAUUCAUUGAUAUUUUUGUGGUAAUUUAUAAUUGUUGUUUAUCCCAGUACGAUGCAUAUCUAAUGGCUUUUAGUGAUAAGUAUUUUUAUAAAGUUUCUUUAUAAUUUAUGAAAGGGAUCAUUCACUUUUUGAACGUCGCCCAGUUUCUGAAUCCCACCUAAUGUUCCCACUUUUGUUCAAAAUACGUAAUAGAUAUAGUUGGAAAUACUUAAAUAUUUUGAUAUAUUUUACUACAAAAACUUUGAUUUAUUGCGACUCAAAGACACAUUCUUAAUGACAUAGUUACUUGUAUAUAAUGCUUCAAUUGUUUUCUUUUUAUUGUUAUUAUUUUAUUUUCUUUGGAAGAAUAGGCGUUCAAAAAGUCGAUAUACUUAAUUUAAACUGUUUUUAGAUUAUUUUUCUUUAUAAACUCUUCCAUUAUUUACAUAUCUUUAAGUGUCAAUGGCGAAUAAAAAAUAUAUACAUUUAAGUGUGUAAUAAUUAAAAGAUUUGUGUAAAAACUUUUCUUACUUCAAAAUUUUCCAGAUUUUUUCUCUUUUUUAAAUUUUUGUGUGCCAUAAAUAUACUUGAUAAGUGUAUAGUUUCUUUGUGAAAAUGUUGGUGUUUGUAACACAAAGCGGCUUUACACUGCACUAAAUAACUAGAGUGACGUAACGUAGGAUAUAUAACGAUAUUACAUAUCGAACUGAGUAAAUAAGCUGUAAGUAAAAAGCGCACAACUAUCGCACAUGUUUUUCUAUGGUCUUUUAAUCGAAGUUUGAUAGUCGAUAUAUUGUCCAGUAAUAUGGCAUUCGUAUUACUCGACCAUAUUUUACUCCAUAAUAUAAUGUGAGAAAGACAUAUCGUAUCUACGUCACGUUUUCGCAAGGAGUAGUGGACUUCUUUAACAUAUGGUGAUAUGACUGUAUACAGGGUGGCAGUAUACGAUUAAAACGACAUCCUGUAUAUCAAUUGAAUGACCAGUUUCCUCUUGUGUCUUAGUAGUGUCAUAUUGACUCUUGUGUACUUUUUUGGCUUGUUUUAAUCUUUUUCAAAGUCGCUUUCUUCGGCACCUAUUUUAUACUUUUUAAGACUUGCUUGCAGACCUUUUAAAUACGUAAGGCACGAUUUUAUUUGUCGAUAAAAUAUUGACAUUACACUGCACAUUGUGAAGUGAGGUUGUCUGGCUUUAAGUGUCAAUUUUAGUAUAUUUUUAUUUCGUCUGAUUUUUAAGCUGCUACUUACUCAUAUCUUUAAUCAUAUUGAUAGGUUGACCAGUGUUUUUUUUUUGCAUUUUAACAGUUUUUGAUCUUUGCACUUACGCAGGCUUUUAAGAUCUAACGAGGUUAUGCAUUUGUUUUAUAAAGCAAGCUUUGCUUAGUAUUGCUAGCAUAAAAAAUGUUAAUGAUAUUAUGAACUAGCAACUCUAGUUAUUUAGUGUUAAAUUUGUACCUUUUUAUAUACCUGUUUCCUCGUUGAUCUCAUCGGUAAAAACUGUUGGAGUGUGUUCUAUCUUGAUACAGGACCUUUCAAUUAUUAAGCUCAAAAUAUUAUACCUUGUGAUGUAUUUUUAUAAAUAAAGUCGUACAUAAUA